AUGAAGUGUUUCUCCGCCGCUGCGACUGCUGUCGCCGGCGCUACUCUUUUCUUCAGAGCUGCAUAUGCAGAUGUAGACCCUAUUGUCAUUAAAGGCUCCAAAUUCUUCUACCAGACCAAUGGAACGCAAUUCUAUAUCAAAGGCGUCGCCUACCAACGUGAUUAUCUAGGCAACGGCACAACGUCCAGUGGUAAUGACAACUAUGUUGACCCUCUGGCGGACGCGUCGUCAUGCCAGCGAGACAUUCCCUACCUCCUCCAACUAGGGACCAAUACCAUCCGUGUUUACGCAGUCGACCCUACUCAAAACCACGAUGAUUGCAUGAACAUGCUGGCAGACGCCGGUAUCUAUGUCAUUUCUGACUUGUCGUCCCCCGGCACCUCCAUCAACCGAGACUCUCCCACAUGGAAUGAUGACCUGUACGCUCGUUACACUGCGGUGAUUGACAACCUGUCACAAUACAAGAAUACCCUGGGCUUCUUCGCAGGCAAUGAGGUGUCCAACAACAACACCAACACCGACGCCAGCGCUUUUGUCAAGGCUGCUGUCCGUGACAUGAAGGCCUACAUCAAGCAACAAAACUACCGCACCAUAGGAGUGGGCUAUGCUACCAACGAUGAUGCCGACAUUCGUGUCAAUCUUGCCAACUACUUCGACUGCGGGGACUCAACCGAUGCAAUUGAUUUCUGGGGCUACAACAUCUACUCGUGGUGCGGAAACUCCAGCUACACCGAGUCUGGCUACGAUCAACGCACCGAGGAAUUCUCCACCUACAACGUCCCCGUGUUCUUUGCUGAGUACGGGUGCAACACCGUUCAGCCCCGUGAAUUCACCGAAGUCCAGGCCCUGUACGGCCCUCAGAUGAGCCCUGUCUGGUCGGGCGGCAUUGUCUACAUGUACUUCCAAGAGACCAAUGACUUUGGUCUGGUCACUGUCUCCGGUAGCUCGGUGAGCACUCUGGACGAUUUCAACGCACUGUCCACCCAGAUUGCCCAAAUUCAUCCGACUGGCGUCAACUCAAACAGCUAUACUCCUACCAACACUGCUCCCGCUGCUUGCCCGACCGUUGGUGCGGAUUGGCAAGCAUCAUCCAGCCUGCCUCCCACUCCUAACGAAGAACUAUGCCAAUGCAUGUACAAUGCUUUGACCUGCCGACCCAACAAUGUGGCCACGGACGAUAUCGGCGACCUGUUUGGCAUUGUCUGCGGCCUUGCCGAUGGUGUUUGUGACGGUAUUGCCGCCAACGCCACCACCGGCGACUAUGGUGCUUAUGGCAUGUGCAACCCUCAGCAACAACUGGGUUGGGCCCUCAACAGCUACUACGAACAACAAGCCGCCCAAGGCAACGGUGCGUCGGCCUGCGAUUUCAGUGGUUCUGCCACUACAGCGUCUCCCACAAGCCCAACUGGAAGCUGUGCGACAUUGAUCAGCCAGGCCGGUAAUGCAGGCACUGGUACGGUCACCUCAGCACCCAGCGGCACGGCUGGAUCGGGAUCAAGCUCUGGCUCUGGCUCGAGUUCCAGCUCUGGCUCUGGCGGCAGCGGCAGCAGCAGCUCAUCAAGUGCUGGUAUCCCUGGAAUUAUCACUCCAGGCCACAUGGGCGUUCUGCAGCUCGUGGUUUAUAUCACGAUUGCAUUUGUUUCGGGAGCUGGUAUGAUUUUGUUGUAG